CUAAUUGAUACUCCGUGUAAGGCGCCCGCCUUCGCGGCUUCUGAAAAACUCCCUGGCUCGGGUGCGUUUUUUGUGGCGAGUGUGAGAAGGGAUGUCUUUAUCCCCAAUUUUUAUUUCGGCGAAUGGCGGUGGGUUAUCUCUCAUUUUGUUUCUCUAGAAGGAGAAGCAGCGGAGGAAGUUUUGAGUCGCCGGUUGAACUUGUGCGCCUCAUCUCCCGCCCGCGCAAAGGAUGAGCAGUGUGUGAGAGGACGAGAACCGCGAAGCCAGCCACGUCCCUGCGAGUGAGCGAGAGGCAGCGGGCGGGCCGAAGAAAGUCCGGAGACUUUGGCCGGUAACUUCUAACCCAGCAAGUAUCCCGCCCGCUCCCGAGCCGAAGGAGGAGGAGGAGAACGAGGGAAAGGACGAGCGGACUCCCUCCGCCUGGGGAGGAUGAAGCAGCCGCCGCCUGCGCCGCGCGCCCGUCGGGCAGCCGCGGGAGAAGCCUGGAGGAGCCCCGGGCGGGCACCGCGCCGCUGAGGGGAGGAAGGGAGCGAACGGAGACCCAGCCCGGGACCCCCCGGCCGGACGACGUGCCUGCGCGCCCCACGGAGAGCGGUUUGUGUCGCUUCAACGCCCUCAACGGACACUUUCUCUCCCCCCCCCGUUGCCCUGCUGACACGGGAGUUCCUUGCUCCGCGUGACAGAAUUUCACACACACACGGGUCAGUCAGCCAGCGUCUCUCCUCCCCACAUCUUUUUUUCUUCUCUCUCUCCCUCCCCCCCCCCCAUUUCACUCUCCGCCCCAAAUUAGCAAGCCGCAGCGAAGCUUCCGUUUGUACGAGCGGAGUCCCAGCCACAACCCCUUUUCCCCUCCUCCCAUUCCUUCUCCUAAAAUUUCACCAUCGGAUUUAACACCCCCCCUUCAUCCCCGCCCUCCAUAUUUCUGGAAUCCGUUGGCUCGCCUUCCCCGCUCCGUCCCUCCCUCUUCCCCAUGGCUGAGCCACCCCCUCCCCUCCCAACACCUGGAUUCGGCCAUGCCUCCCCCCCACUGACCCUCUCGCCAGGUUUCCCGAGCCCUCCAUGUGCUUAAUCUGACCCCCCCCCCCGGCGGCUCUCCCUUGGCGCGGAUUCUGGAGGAGAAUUUGGCCACCCGACUUCCAAACAUUUUUUUCCUUCCAGAAACCACAAACACUCCCCUCUUUCUCUUUUCCAAAACAUUUUCCUCCUUUGAACCUUGUGGCGUUAUGAGGUCUUUUCUUGGAUCCCGCUCCCAAGAUCCCUGCUGGAAGAGAAGAAGCGGUGUGGCUACUGUUUUCAUUCCUUGAUCGUGCUGUAAAAAGUUUCUAAACCUUGGAAGGAGAUGAAACUCUGGAUGUUUUCUUCCCUGCUGGACCUCUCUGGGGAUGCGGAAUAUGUAUUGGAGGUGCUGAGAUCUUCGUGAAACCUUUCAGUUCCUCAGAUUUGCCCGUUGUCUGGAAUUACUUUAAAAAAAGCCACCACAACCUCUUCAGACCAAUAUUGUUGUAACAAGGGGGUUUGGCUGGACUUGGGGGAGGGGGGAAACCUUUUGUGAACUAAGACAACUGGAUAACAAGAGUAAUAGGAUGACAUCUCUUGUGGAUCCCAGGAUUAAACAAGCACUGCGGAAAAAGCCAUCAGAAAGAACUCAAGAGGAAUUAAAUACUAUCUACUACUUUCUUCAUGGAAUGGACAUACUGUCUCAUCUCAGGGAGCAUCAGUUAAGAAUUAUGACUUCCAGUGCACGUUACAAAAGGUACGAUGGAAAUCAAGUUUUGUUUUGCUCAGACACUAUUGCAAGAUGCUGGUAUAUUCUUCUUUCUGGAUCUGUGCUUAUGAAGGACUCCAUGUUUUUGCCACCUUGCAGCUUUGGCAAGCAGUCUGGAGGAAAACGAGGUUGCGAGUGUAUUGUAUUGGAGCCUUCUGAAAUGAUUGUGGUGGAUAACUCGAAAGAGAAUGAAGACAACAUCCUGCAAAGGGAAGUGCCCCUCCGACAAUCUCGACGGAGGUUUAGGAAGAUUAAUCAGAGGGGAGAACGUCAGACCAUCACAGAUAACGUGGAUGUUAGCAGCUAUCUUUCGCUUCCUGCAGACCUGACCAAGAUGCAUCUCACAGAUGGUCAACAUCCACAGGUGACACAUGUCCCUUCAAGUCAGUCUGGUUGCAGCAUUGCUAGUGAUUCUGGGAGUAGCAGUUUAUCUGACAUCUACCAAGCUACCGAAAGUGAGAUGGGAGAUGUAGAUCUAACUGGUCUCCCAGAAGCACCAGUUGAUUCUGAAGACGAUGAAGAAGAAGAUGAAGACAUUGACAGAACUUCAGAUCCACUGCUGGGGAGAGAUGUUGUACGGGAAUGCCUUGAAAAGGAACCUGCUGACAAAACAGAUGAUGACAUUGAACAAUUACUGGAAUUCAUGCACCAGCUUCCAGCAUUUGCAAACAUGACUAUGUCUGUAAGGAGAGAACUCUGCUCAGUGAUGAUAUUUGAAGUUGUAGAACAAGCAGGAGCCAUCAUUCUUAAUGAUGGGCAAGAACUUGAUUCUUGGUAUGUUAUUUUAAAUGGCACUGUGGAAAUCAGCCAUCGAGAUGGGAAAACUGAAAGUCUCUGUAUGGGAAAUAGUUUUGGAAUUACUCCCUCUCUGGAAAAGCAAUAUAUGAAUGGUGUAGUUCGGACCAAAGUAGAUGACUGCCAGUUUGUAUGUAUAGCCCAGCAGGAUUAUUGGAGAAUUCUGAACCAUGUUGAAAAAAAUACACACAAGGUUGAAGAAGAAGGAGAAAUUGUUAUGGUGAAAGAGCACAGAGAGCUGGACCGCAGUGGAACCAGGAAAGGACACAUUGUCAUUAAGGCAACACCUGAACGCCUGAUUACACAUUUAAUAGAAGAACAUUCUAUUGUGGAUCCAACAUACAUUGAAGACUUUCUCUUAACAUACAGAACAUUUUUGGCAAGCCCCCUGGAAGUUGGGGAUAAACUGUUGGAAUGGUUUCAAGUAGACAGUCUCAGGGACAAGGUUACCCGAGUUGUACUCUUGUGGGUGAACAACCAUUUUAAUGAUUUUGAGGGAGAUCCAGCCAUGACACGUUUUUUGGAAGAAUUUGAAAAAAACUUGGAAAAUGCGAAAAUGAAGGGGCACCUCAGAUUACUAAACAUUGCCUGUGCAGCCAAGGCAAAAUGGAGACAAAUCACAUUGCAGAAGCCUUCUAGAGACUCCCCACUUUUCUUCAGCCUCCUUGGAGGAAGUGAAAAAUGUUUUGGUAUUUUUGUGGAGACAGUAGAACCAGGAAGCAAAGCAGCAGAAGCUGGGCUUAAACGCGGUGAUCAGGUAAUGGAAGUAAAUGGGCAAAACUUUGAGAAUAUUACAUUUGCAAAAGCCACUGAAAUCUUGAGAAACAAUACUCAUCUUUCCAUCACUGUAAAAACAAAUAUUUUUGUGUUCAAAGAGCUGCUUAGCAGGAUAGGGCAGGAGAAGAAUGGAGUUCCUCAUAUUCCAAAAAUUGCAGAAAAGAAGAAUAAUCGCUAUUCCAUCCCAGAUAUUCCUGGAGAUGUGGAACAGAUGUUUCCGCGCGAGAAAGGAAACAAGAAAAUAAAAGCAAACACUGUGUCUGGUGGAAGAAACAGAAUAAAGAAAAUUUUAGACAAGACGCGAUUCAGCAUCUUACCUCCGAAAUUGUUCAGUGAUGGUAGUGUAAGCCAGUCACAGGACGACAGCAUUGUGGGGACAAGGCAAUGCAGACACAGUUUGGCAAUUAUGCCUAUUCCUGGCACGCUCUCGUCCAGCAGUCCUGAUCUCUUGCAGCCUACAACCAGCAUGUUGGAUUUUUCUAACCCUUCAGCGGUUGGUUUUUACUACAUUCCAGAUCAGGUUAUAAGAGUUUUCAAAGCCGAUCAACAGAGCUGUUACAUUAUCAUAAGCAAAGACACUACAGCAAAAGAAGUCGUAAGCCAUGCAGUCCACGAAUUCAAUUUGACAGGAGGCUCAGAGACCUAUUCUCUUUGUGAGGUUUCUGUGAGUCCCGAAGGAGUUAUCAAACAGAGAAGGCUUCCUGAUCAGUUCUCAAAGUUAGCCGAUCGGAUUCAGCUGAAUGGAAGGUAUUACUUGAAAAAUAAUAUGGAAACUGAGACUCUAUGCUCAGAUGAAGAUGCUCAAGAAUUGCUUAGAGAGAGCCAGAUUUCCCUUUUACAGCUGAGCACCAUUGAGGUAGCUACCCAGCUAUCAAUGAGAGACUUUGAGUUAUUUCGGAACAUUGAACCUACUGAAUAUAUUGAUGAACUAUAUAAACUUGAAUCUAAAACGGGGAAUGCUAAUCUAAAGCAGUUUGAGGAUGUUAUGAAUCAAGAGACAUUUUGGGUUGCCACAGAAAUUUUAUCAGAGCCAAACCAGCUUAAAAGGAUGAAGAUCGUAAAACAUUUCAUAAAAAUUGCUCUCCAUUGUCGAGAGUGCAAGAAUUUCAACUCUAUGUUUGCUGUUAUAAGUGGUCUUAAUCUGGCACCAGUAGCCCGACUUAGGGGUACAUGGGAAAAGUUACCAAGCAAGUAUGAAAAGCACCUACGAGAUCUUCAAGACCUUUUUGAUCCAUCUAGAAACAUGGCAAAGUAUCGCAACAUCCUUAGCAGUCAGAGCAUGCAGCCUCCAAUUAUUCCACUUUUUCCUGUUGUCAAGAAGGAUAUUACAUUUAUGCAUGAAGGAAAUGAUUCAAGGGUGGAUGGCUUGGUAAAUUUCGAGAAGCUCAGAAUGAUUGCCAAAGAGAUUCGUCAAGUCAUCAGAAUGACUUCUGCUAAUAUGGAUCCUGCAGUAAUGUUCAGACAAAGGAAGAAGAGGUGGAGGAGUUUGGGAUCACUAAGUCAGGGCAGCACAAACUCAAACAUGUUGGACGUUCAAGGAGGCGCACACAAAAAACGUGCCCGGCGCAGCUCCCUUCUAAAUGCCAAAAAAUUGUAUGAGGACGCUCAGAUGGCCAGGAAAGUCAAACAGUACCUCUCCAAUCUGAAUGUGGAAACGGAUGAAGAAAAGUUCCAGAUAAUGUCACUUCAGUGUGAACCUGCGUAUAGCACUUUGACAAAAAAUCUAAGUGAAAGACGAGGUGGAAAAGCUGUAGAAAUGUCUCCCAUGCCACUGAGAUCUGUUGGCCAAACUACAAAAGUUCAUCUACAUCAGCAAAACAGAAUGAGUCAAGUCCUUCAGGUUCCAGCUGUUAACUUGUACCCCAUUAGGAAAAAAGCACCAGCGAAGGACCAUGUGACUUUUAGUGCAGGUUCUCCUCAGAAGUCAAUGAGUUUGUCUGAGGAAACAAACAGUAAAAAACAAGCAGAAGACAAUAUAUCUAUGGCAUCUUCUUUGCAUUCCAGUCCUCCUGCUUCUCCUCAGGACUCCCCACGCAAAGCUGGUAAUCCCCAGAGGUCUGAUCACUGCAGCCAGAUCAACCUCUCUGGCUCGUCCUCAUCUCUUGCAAGCGAAGCAAGCAACAAGAACAGUGGACAGCGCAGCUACGGAAUAGGCUAUGCCCUGAUACCAUCUGCAAAAUCCGAGAAUUUUUCAGAUUCCAGCCACAGCGAGAUCUCUUCACGGUCCAGCAUUGUGAGCAACUGCUCUGCUGACUCCAUGUCUGCAGCCCUUCAGGAUGAAAGAUGUCUGGCUCAGGCUGUCGUAGUUGUGGAUUCAGUAGGAGCAGUUGAAAGGAAGGAGCACCCUCACCCGUCCUCUGAAUACAGCCAGCCUUGCCCUGGUUGGCCACUGUCCAGACCUCCAGUGAUCCGAGGCCUGCCAGUCCCAUCUUCCAUGAGCACGGAGGAGAUUUCCCACGAACACAUCACGAUAGAAGCAGCAGAUAGUGGUCGUGGGAGCUGGACCUCCUGCUCCAGUAGUUCUCAUGAUAACUUCCAAAAUAUCCAGAACCAGAAAGGCUGGGACCUCUUAAACUCUUACCGCCACGCUCACUUAGAAAGGGCCAUUGCUGAAGUAGAACCAUCAAGCAGCUGCCCUGAAGAGAUUCACUUGCAGCCCCACGCCCACUCAAACAGCAGCCGGCAAUCCAAAACGGGCAUGGACUUUGACCAAUCCCGGCAGAGCUGGGCUUCAUCGAGUUCUCUGUCAGACGCAUAUGAAGCAAACUGUGGGACAGUGAAGCGGCGAGGACUUGACAGCUUAGCAGUAGAGCAGGCUGAAGUUUUGGACUCCAAAGCAGGUGGCGAUACAACAUACAAAACUGUCACUUCCAGUACCGAGAGAGGCCUCAUAGUGUACUGUGUCACCUCACCUAAGGAAGACAAUAGGUAUAGGGAGCCACCGCCCACCCCGCCAGGAUAUAUGGGGAUUUCCUUAGCGGACUUAAAGGAAGGAUCACCUCACCACCCACACCUAAAACCUCCAGACUAUAGUGUGGCGGUGCAGAGGUCAAAGAUGCUGCAUAGCAAGCUCUCUAGGCUCUCCUCCGCUCCUCUGAGUAGCGAACCAGUGGCUUGUUUUCCAAAGAAGAUGCCUCAGUUGCAUGGCCGACAGCCGUCCCAUCCUAAGCUAGCAGAUAUGACUGACGCAAAUAGUGAAGAGGAUGAAGAUGAACAAGUUUCAGCAGUCUAGCCUUUGCGCUGCCUGUGAAAAUUGCCCCAAGUCACAGUAACAUUGGAAGAAGGAAUUGUACAAUAUUGUUAGCUGUAGCUGACAGCUUGCUGCUAUUGACUUCAAAUGUUGCAUUUGCUUGUCUUCUGAAUAAUAUGACGGACCUAAUCUGGAUCCUAAUUUUGAACUUCUUUUGCUUCACUGCAAUCAGCUUCACAGCCUAAGAAAACUAUUUAUAUCUUGAGAGAGACAGACAACAAUUUCUAAGGAAUACUGACCCUGAAUUGCAGAAAGCAGAAUCCAGAAGGACCUCCCUUUUAACGAAGUGGGGCCAACUUGGAAACAUUCUUCUGCAGGAAACCUGUAGACGCUUUUGGUAGACUUUGCUCAGAUAUUUUCUUUGUGACCGUUACGGCUCUCAAUUGAAGAAUGUUAUUUUACGUGCUUACGGAACUGCCACACUUCAGCGAAACCAAGGAUACAUCUGCAGCAAUCUGAAGAGUAAUUUAUUAAUUUGGAGUUUAUAAUAAGGCUUUGGUUUGUUUGUUUGUUUGUUUAUAUGUGUAUUAGAAUGCUCUGGUUGGCUAAUGUGAAUGCUUUUACAAAGAAAAUAAGGUAACAAAUUAUCUUGGUGUUAAUGACAUGUUUUAUGCUAGCAAAACACCGUGGAUUUCUGAGGAACUGGAUGUCAUGAGUGCAGCUAGAGGUUUACACACAUUGCCACAUAAACCUCUCUUGUAAAAUGCCAAGCCCCGAUGUGUGUAUUGAGUGUGCUUUAAUGUGCAUAGUGUAGUGGAACACUGCCAUCUGUUGGUCCUGUAUUUUAAAACCGGUGAAGUACAUGUGACCGCCGUCCUUUCAGCUAUCAAAUGAACAAGGAAGUACCUGUACCUGCAGUUCUUUUCUCUCCCACAUUCCAUUUUUUGCCCUUCCGUCGAAUUGAAUCAUGCUGUGUGUGUUACGUUGUAUUUACAGCGCAAUCUCCUGUGAAGCCCAUCCAGUGCAAGUCCCCUUGCAACAAAUGGAAGAGGCUGCCAGGUCCUGAACUUUUGAGCUGCAUCCAGUUCGCACUGGAGAUGUGCCCGUCAAGUGAUGCUCAGCUUGAGGUGUUCAAACAAGGAGAACCUUGGAAAUUGAAACGAAACGUUAGGUUUUUGUUCUUCUCCUUAAAAAAACAAAGCUAUAUAUGCACAAUGCUGUGCUUGAUUCUCAGGCCUCAGAUUUACCUGGAAGCACCCCCCCCCCAGCACACUCUCCACUAGACUGAACUCAUAUGAUCCUGGCUGAGCCUUCAUAUCUGGAAACGACUUUGAGGCUAAACCCCAGUGAGGCUUGCCGCCGGUUAAGCUCUGCACUUGAACUGUCAGCUUCCUUGCAACCACAAUGUCUUAGAGAAAAACACAAAAGAGGGAAGGUGUUUAGAAUUUCAGUCUUCGGGAACAAAAACUCAUCACAAAAUGUGUGGCCAUCAAUAACUUUGAAUAUUUGCACUGCAGACUACUGUAUGCUUAUCUUUCUGUCUUUGUGGCCAGGACUAAAUUUAGUGUGCUUCAGCGUCCAGAUUAUUCCAUAUUCUACAUCCUCACCCCCCAAAACCAUUUUGAAUACUUGAGGUAUAGGGUCUUUACAAACGAGAUAACCCACUCUUAGAGCGAACCUGUAAAGUGUAGCCUGUAAUUUAUUACCAUCCAUGGGAGUCCAUAAAUACUGCUCACUAAUCUCCAAUGCUGAGCACAUUUGUGGUUAGUUUAGAAUGAGAAACAGCUGGGGACUCGUGCCUUCAGUUGCUCUGGGAUAUGGAGGCACUUGGAAGCAGCUAGACUCUUUAACUCUCUCAAGUGUCUCAGAAACCUACUGUGACUGCAGAAUCAAGCCCUUCCCCUUGUCCAAGGCUUCGGUGCAGGGCUACAAAGAUGCUCAGUGACUUUGAAGCACUUCUGAAACCCAGGGGAACUGCAGGCACAUCAUCCCAUCCUUUUAUGGACCCUGAAAGUAGUUCUAUUGUUGUGCUUUGGAGGUGCUCUGAUGACCCAAGUUAGGGGAGGGGCAGUGUUGUUUGUGACCAAAUCUUUGGAAUUGUUAUCAAGGCACCAUCCUCCAAAACAUGCAGACAUCUGGCUGUAUUAAAUAUAGUGUGUGUGUGUGUGUGUGUGUGUGUGUGUGUAGAAAGAUAGAUAUAUCUAAGUACAUGCAUAUGUAGAACACACACACACACACACACAAGCUAAGGAACAAAGUAAGUCACUGUUUACAGUUAGGCUAAGCUGAGGUUGCAGCUUUGCUUUACUUAGCCAACCAGAGUACAUGGAGAAGAACUGGAGUUCCCUGCAUUUAUUUUCUUCCUCUAGCAAUUACCCAGUCAAACAUUAUAAAUGGAUGUAUAUUUCAGGUUUACCUGUAAAUCCUAGUAUCUUAAAUGUUUACAAUCUAAGCUAGAAGGAAGAUGUUUGUCAGUUUUAAAGGUGCCUCAGAGUAACUUAUUUUUUUACUGUUCAAGUUGUACUGAGCUUUCACGUUUUCUUUUGAGUCUGAGGCAGAUGCAGAAUCCAAACACAUGUACCAAAAAACAAAAUGUAACUCCCUAAGCCUUCUAUAUGCAUGAUCCAUAUUGACUUAGGGCAGUGAACCGGAGGGUGUUUGGACAAACCUAUGCCAUUUCUGGCAGCCCGCUGAGGUAUUCCGUUGAUGCCUUGUAACAUGGAAUUACAAACCAGAAAAUAAUAGGAGAUGGAGAGGCUCUCUGAUUCAACAUUUAGUUGGCUAAUCACAUGUUAAUACUCUAGCCUUAAGUAUCUGAGAAAAGUAGCUGCGCAAUCAGUCUGCUCUCUUUUCUUUGCCUCCAGGGCCUUAAUGGGAGCGAUCAACUUGUAUGGGCCUUAAUGAAAUAAUAUCAAAACCUGACUCAAGUUGGCAGCCGUGAUUUCUGCAUAUACGGCCAUGUUGACGCAGGCACAGACCAACCCACAGUGACAUUUUCUAGCACAAACCCCACUAGGAAUUCCACAUUAUUGCAACUUCAUCUGUUGAGUGAGACUUGUUUAAGAUACCGUCUUGGUGGAAAGUGUACAUUGGCCACAAUCCAUGAGUGCCAUAGCAGAGGCGGGGAAUAAGCACCUACGCAGCUAAAUAUCGGCGUUGGAUCCAGAUUAAGCCAUUCUUUAGUCCUGCGGUGGGGAGCCUUAUAGCUCUCCUGAUAAUGAACUGCAGUUCCCACCAACCUCAGCCAGCAUGGCUUGUGGUCAUAGGAGUUGCAUUCUAGUGACUUUGGGAAGACCAUAGCUUUCCCCAAGCCUGCUUAAGUCCCCUUAGGCAUGAUUAACUUAGUCUGGAUCCAACCCACGGUGAAGUUUUUACGGUGAGUUUCACCCCCUAGAAUGAGCAAGCUGCUAUUCUGUUUAAGACUUCUGGUUUCCUGUUCAGCCAGCUGACCGCAGUGAAGAACCUCAAUGCCUCUAGCUCUGCAUAACAUGCAUAAAGUGCUAAGGAUGCAACUAUACUUGCCAUUAAAAAGUUUGCAGACCUCAAGCCUUAGCUUCAGUUUUCAUCUUAAGUAUCAAGUAGUGCAUAAGUGCUAACAUAACUGCAAAAGUAAUAGGGAAUACUGAUGUUUUGGGGCCAAUAAUAUAAUUUCUCAGUAACCUCAAAUACUGUUUUAGCUUGCAGGAACAAAACUAAAGGAUUAAGGCCUUCUCGCUUGAGGGUAAUCCUUCUCCAUUUGAUAAUCCUGAUACUCCUUUCAUUUACAUUAUUGACAAAUCUUAAGGUCUGCUCACCUUGUCUGAAGAUCAUCGAACCAGCCAUUUGAUAACAACCACCCUCUUAAAUUUGGUUUUUCCAUAUCUACAGCAUCAGUAAUACUCUUUUUUUAUUUUUAAAAAAGUACAUUGGUGUUCAAGCCACUGCACAUCUUGUUAAUCAUGUUGUCCUAUAGAGCCGAUAUAGUGUAAAUAUGCUCUGGGUAAAUGAACUCUUUUGACUGCUUCCGAUUUGCACAGUGUGAAUUGCCUCAGUCUGUCCUUGCUCUGAUCUUCAUUUGUUUGUUUGCUUCCCGCCCCCCUUUUAAUCAGCUGGUCACAUUGAUCAGGGACACUAGCCAAAAUGGGUGGAUACAAAGAGACAGAAUCACCUUUUUUUAACCAGUUCACAUGAAAACUUUUCUUAAUCCUAUUCUAUGCUGUUUACAUGACUUUAAUUCUUAAUGUUUAUGAGUACAUUGUUGGCAUGUUCUGUGCUUUUGUCCCUUGCUAUAUAAUUUCUAAGAUCAUGUGUUUGAAAUGGCUGCCUCUUCUCUGCACAUAACCUUUAUUAUUGUUUUUUUACAAUAUAUUGUGAGGAAACGUGUCUCAAACCAAACAGGAUAUGUCCUUUAAAGCAGGAAAGUUUGGAAAUCUGAAACAUGGAACCAAUGUCAACUUUUGCCUCCAUGUGGUGACAUGGGUAAGAAGGAGGGGGAAAGUCCUCCUCACGUGUAAGUAGACCAGUGAACUGUACAUCAUUUUAAGCUUGCCCGUUGAGUGCUAUUUGAUGCUGGGCUUAUAAUGUUGAUGAACUACAUUGUGGAAAUGUGCAUAAUAUUGGAGUAGAAAAAGUGUACUAGAUGUACUGAUGUUUUCCAAUUUUGUAAUUUUGAAGGUGCCCGUGUAUUUAUAUGCACUCUGCUUACCCUGAGACACAGUGUCAACCUAAGGUAAACUAAAACAUUGUGUUCUCACCUGAAGAGUCAUUCUUUCUAUGCUAAAGAUGAGAGGACUUUGCACAGACACUAGUAGAGGUGGUGUUUACUUAGGCUUUUGAAAUCACUUCUUAGGGCCUGAUCCUACUGUGAUUUGAAGUAAGAGGUGAGCUGCUCCUCUUUAUUAGCUUGUCUGAGGAGGUAAAACCAGGACAAAAAGAAACCUGGCCCAUUCAGCCAUUCACUUAUCAGCAACAGCACAGUUAUAAGUCCCAUAUAAUUGGCAUUACAUUAAAUGUAAUUUUAAAGAGGAUAUUACUUGCCUUCAAAGCUGAUCGGGAAAAUAGGGGUGAUCCCUUGUUGAUGAAAGCUUUUUAAAUGCCAACAAUAUAAAAAUCGAGUAGGAAACAAAUUUGGCUCUGGUUCACCUCUCUUUUUUUGUCAUUGUCUUGUCUUUUAAUUUUUAUAUAUAUAUACAUGGAAUGCAGUUUAGCUUGGUAUUAAUGACUUUUUGCAUAUGUGAGCAUAUGGGCAAAAACUGCACAGUUGUAAUGGUAUUCUGAUAGCAAUUGUAAAACUGCACAAGUCAGUGAUUGUAAAGUAUUCUGUAACAAGCAAUGUUUGUCUUCUAUUUUUUGAUACCUCUUACACUUAUGUCUUUUAGAAAGACAGUGCCUCUGUAUGCUUUUUUUGUAUUUUUACCGAGUGAUUGUAAAUAUUUGUUAUAUUUUUGGUUAAGAGAAUGUUUAAAAGUACUGUUUAAUAUCCAAUCUACUAAUGUUGUUGGAAUCAAUAAACGACUUACUUAAUAUGGA